AUGGUUGAAGUAAAACUGACCGGAAAUAUAAUAGAAUCAAUGUGUAUUGGACUUAAAAUUGAGCAUAGAUUUUUAAUAUACGAAUUCCCCCAUGUUGCUACUUUAACGAUCUUGGCAAUUUUGUUGGGUUUAUUAUCUUAUAAAUUAUAUCAACAAUUUGGUUGGAAUAUUUACAAGAAAAUCGGAGGGGACAUUGAUAUGCAAAAACGAUUCAAAACAUAUCUUAUUUUCGUAAUGUUGUUGAAAAUUGAUUUAUUCUUCGUAAUCAUUUUUAAUGCCUUGGUAUCACCAUUUAUGUUAUAUGAAACCGUAGUUGAUGAAGGGAUGAAAGCUGGUGUAAAAGCCUUCUUAUAUGGAUAUGUAGUGAUUUUACUUUUAUCACUCGUAUUUCAAGUAUUAGUAUACAAAUCAUUGGAAAAAGAAUGGAGAACUGGAAUGAACAUUUUUAUUAUCUUUUGGUUUCUUGCUAUAUUGGACUUUAGCUAUUUGGUUUAUUACCUUGGAGAUGAUUUAAUUCCAAUUAAAUUAUUUUCUUUAGUAAUAUUAGCAUCUAUACUCUUGAUUUGCGCAUUGUUAACGUUCGUAUAUGCGAUACUCGUGACAAGAAACUUUGAUAAAGGAUUAAGUGAAUAUCUCGAUAAGGAUUCCCCUAAAAAACCCUUACACGAAGGUUCAAAUAUUUUAUCAGAUGUUGAAAAAGGACCUAGUAGUAAUGAUGAUAAUUUUACUAUUGAUGAUGAUUAA